AUGUCUGUCAGAACUCUCAGAAUCGGCCUGAUCCCCGGUGACGGCAUCGGCAAGGAGGUCAUCCCCGCCGGCCGCCGCAUCCUCGAGGCCCUACCCGCUUCCCUCGGCCUCAAGUUCGAGUUCACCGACCUCAAGGCCGGUUUUGAGACCUUCGAGCAGACGGGCGCCGCCCUCCCCGACAAGACCGUCGAGAUCCUCAAGAACGAGUGCGAUGGCGCCCUCUUCGGAGCCGUCUCCUCACCCACUACCCCGCGUAAGGGCUACUCCUCCCCCAUCGUCGGCCUGCGCAAGAAACUCGACCUCUACGCCAACGUCCGCCCCGUCAAGUCCGUCUCCACCGACCGCAAGCUGAUCGACAUGGUCAUCGUCCGCGAAAAUACCGAGGACCUGUACGUCAAGGAGGAAAAGACCUACAACGGUCCCAACGGCAAGAUCGCCGAGGCCAUCAAGCGCAUCAGCGAGAACGCCUCCCACCGCAUCGCCGCCAUGGCCGGUGAGAUUGCCCUUCGCCGCCAGAAUGUCCGCGCCACCGGUGCCUCCAGCAUCCACAGCAGCCCCCUCGUCACCAUCACCCACAAGUCCAACGUCCUCUCCCAGACCGACGGCCUCUUCCGCCAGACCGCCAAGCAGGCCCUCGCCAACCCCAAGUUCUCCAGCGUCAAGAUCGAGGAGCAGAUUGUCGACUCCAUGGUCUACAAGCUCUUCCGCCAGCCCGAGGACUACGACGUCAUUGUCGCCCCUAACCUGUACGGCGACAUCCUCUCUGACGGCGCCGCCGCCCUCGUCGGUUCUCUCGGUCUCGUCCCCAGCGCCAACGUCGGCGAGGGUUUCGCCAUGGGCGAGCCCUGCCACGGCUCUGCCCCUGACAUCCAGGGCAUGGACAUCGCCAACCCCAUCGCCACCCUCCGUAGCGCUGCCGUGAUGCUCGAGUUCCUGAACGAGGAGGCUGCCGCCGCCAAGAUCUACGCCGCUGUUGACGCCAACCUGGAGGAGGGCAAGCUCCUCACCCCUGAUCUCGGUGGCUCUGCCAAGACCAGCGAGGUUGUCGCCGACGUUCUCCGUAGAAUGUAA